GUCGCUGAGCUGAGGUUUCGUUUCUUUAGUUUACGUUUUUGUUAAGUUUUCAAUUUUUGUUGCUGGCGUUUCGAUCGGCAUUCAAAUUCAAUUUUAAUACACAGUUGAGCGUACGCGCGAGUGGAUUGCCAACGCUUUUUUUUGCUGCCGUGCCGUGUCGUAGUGUGUCGAUUGCGUAUACGCUGCGUUGUCCGUCCGCCGCGGCCCAAGAAAUCAAAUUGCUGUCGCAAUUAGCGCGAGUGUCAACGCUGAUGUUCACGUUUGCCAGCCACGGCAGCGGCGCAUUGUGGGCAGCCAGCGCAUUGCUUGUGCUCAUCCACGCCAGCUGCCAUCAGCUGGAGCAGCUACCACGCCGCGCCUGCGACAUACCCAACGAAACAAAGCCCGGCAUAUGCGUCCAGGUGGGCCAAUGCGCCGCCUACAUGCAAGUGCGCAAUGUGACCAAUCUGAGCUCGGAGCGCGUCAACUUUCUGAAGAAAGUGCAGUGCGAUGUGGAAAUGGCCACCGUGACGGAGGCUAAAAAUGGCACAGAGCUCGCCUACGAGGCGCUCGUCUGCUGUCCAGCCAAUGGCCAGGACUAUCUAUAUCCAGUCAUACAGUUCUCCAAGUUCGAGUAUCGGCGCUUCAUGGACGUCACAGCGCGUUUCAAGCGCAAAAAGCUCAAGCGACGCAUUCAAACCGUUGAGCCUAGCAGCGGCUUCAAUUUGCUCAACGAGUGCGGCAAGCAGGUCACAAAUCGCAUUUACGGCGGCGAAAUCGCUGAGCUGGAUGAAUAUCCUUGGCUCGCAUUGUUGGUUUAUCACUCAAACGAUUAUGGCUGCAGCGGAGCUUUGAUUGAUGAUCGCCAUGUACUCACCGCUGCUCAUUGCGUUCAAGGCGAGAGCGUGCGAGAGCGACGCGGACUUAAACACGUGCGUUUGGGUGAGUUUAAUGUAAAAACCGAACCCGACUGCAUUGAGGAGCCAAACUAUUUGAGCUGCGCGGAUGCAGCGCUGGACAUAGCCUUUGAGCACAUUCAUGUGCAUCCGGAGUAUAAGGAGUACUCCAGUUAUAAAUAUAAUGAUAUUGCUGUUAUACGCCUGAAGCAUCCUGUGAGCUUUACGCACUUUAUUAUGCCCAUUUGUUUGCCAAAUAAAACUGCACAGACGCCACUUGUGGAGGGCCAAAUGUUCUCCGUUUCUGGCUGGGGACGCACGGAUCUAUUCAACAAGUAUUUCAUCAAUUCACACAGUCCCAUUAAGCUGAAGCUGCGCAUUCCCUAUGUGUCGAAUGAGAAUUGCAGCAAAGUUCUGGAUCUCUAUGGCGUGCGCUUGGGCCCCAAGCAGCUGUGCGCAGGCGGCGAACUGGCCAAGGAUACGUGCGCAGGUGAUAGCGGCGGUCCUCUUAUGUAUUUCGAUCGUACGCAUUCGCGUUGGGUGGCCUACGGCAUUGUUAGCUACGGCUUUACUCAGUGCGGUUCCGGGCCUGGAGUUUAUACGUCUGUGCUUAGCUAUAUCAGCUGGAUUGAGAGCAUUAUACGGCGACAGAACUGAACAAAGAGCAGCGUAUAUUUUUGGAAGUUAUAAACAAUUGGUCAACUGAGCGGGAGGCUGGGAACACAUGUCUGUAAAUAUUUUGCUAAUGAUCUAACACUUGGUAUAAACUGAGUGUGUGUGUGUAUGUGUGUGUGUUUAACAAAAGUCUGAAAAACAUGUUUCUAAUUA